UUUAUCUAUGACACAAUCUUUUUGACAGCGGCUGGCAAGGGUAGUUGUAAAACACGUGCUUUUUAAAAUAAUUUGUUUAAGAAAAUGGAUAAACAAGUCGUUUUAGCCCGUGUUAUUAAAGUUCUAGGAAGAACUGGCUCCCAGGGACAGUGUACACAGGUGAAAGUAGAGUUUAUUGGUGAACAAAAUCGACAAAUCAUACGUAAUGUAAAGGGGCCUGUUAGAGAAGGUGAUAUCCUCACACUGCUCGAAUCCGAACGUGAAGCUAGAAGAUUACGAUAACUUCAGACCACUUCAAAACAAUUACAAUGGACAACAAUAUUGUUUUUAGGUCUUAAGUUAUGUAAGUAAUAAUUCAAUAAAAGUGAUUUUCCAAAA